AUGACGGCCAAGAACGACUUUGCUGCCAACAGGAUGCGGUCACGAGUCUCCCCACAGUCACCGUUCACUACCAGGUUCGGCCGAGGGCUGACGCCGGCACUGAUGGUGUCGGUGCCGGGUUCUGGCAGCAACUGGCUCCGCUACCUGUUGGAGGGAGCCACCGGCUUCUUCAUAGGCUCUUCCUACAACGAUACAAUACUCUAUGAGGCAGGGUUCCUGGGGGAGAUGGACGGGAUGGACGGAGGGAGGACUAUAAUGCAGAGGACCCACGGGCCUGCCUUCUUCCUGACCUACAUCCACGACCUGCAGGACCGCUACGAGCACAUCAACUCCAGCCUGCCCACCGUCCUCCUCCUCCGUGACCCAGCCAGGACCAUCAUCUCCUACUGGAAGCUCUUCAACCUGGAAGGCAGCAACAAGCACCUGGACGAGAUACCGGCGGCCAGGUUCCAGGGUAAAGACUUCCAUGACUUCGUGAGUGAGGUGACGUCACUGUGGGAGGAGUUGGCAGCAGACCGGCUCUUGUGGUGCUCUGGUCCGCUCUACGUCAUCCACUACGAUGACCUGUUACGUCACCCCAUCUACCACCUCCGCCUUCUGCUGCGCUUCCUCAGGAUUCCUGUGGACGAGGGAAGACUAUCCUGUCUCUCCAAGCACAUAGACGGGUCCCUCAAGAGGACCACCACCAGGACCAUCGACCCCUUCACUGAAGACGAGAAGAAAAUGUUUGCCAACGUCGUCAGAAGGAUCAAUCGCCUCCUGCUGGUGCUGGGCUACCCACAGCUCCAGGCCAGUGACUACAUCACCCAUGCUAAGCUACCCACAGCUCCAGGCCAGUGACUACAUCACCCAUGCUAAGCUACCCACAGCUCCAGACCAGUGACUACAUCACCCAUGCUAAGCUACCCACAGCUCCAGACCAAUGUCAUCACCCAUUCUAAGCUACCCACAGCUCCAGGCCAGUGACUUCACGACCCAUAUUAAGCUACCCACAGCUCCAGACCAGUGACUACACCACCCAUUCUAGGCUACCAACAGCUUCUGACCAGUGACUUCACAACCCAUGCUGGGCUACCCACAGCUCCAGACCAGUGACUACGAUCCCACUACUAAACUACCGGAAAAGCUGUGCGUGUUACUGGCUUAGCAUGAUGUAAGAACACUGAUAUUAUGUACUUUCUCAACUUAA